AUGCCCGACUCCAAGGUCCAAUUCGACGACUCGCUCGGUGGCGCCGCCAGCGGUUUCGGCGUCGGCAUCGGCGGACAAGGCGUCCUGGUCGCCUACGGGCUGGUCAAGAACCCGCGCGGGACCCCUCUGCCCGCCGCCGCAAACGCCCCGGCAGCACCGGCACCGGCCCCGGCCCCGGCCGGAGGUAGCCCCACCCAGCGCCGGGACGUGGAUCUCGUCGCCCGGCAGGACCCUCCGCCCAUCGUCUCCGUCAACACGACCGACGGCUUCAACCUCUCCGUCGUCAUCAACGCGCAGACCAUCUCGAUGGCCGCCCAGACCGGCGUCAACGCACUCACCUGUCAGGGCAUCGGCGGCCUGGGGCUCAUCGGCUUCGGUCUGAUCCGCAGCAAGACCAUCGCCCUCGACAUGGUCACCAGCAGCAGCAACACCACCAAGGUUAUCAAGCAGGUGAUCCCAACUGGCACGAUCAGGAUCGCCAACGAGGGCCAUACCUACGCCAUCGACGGCGGCGUGAUUCGCGACGCCCUGGGCAACAACAUACUCGGCGCUGCGGGUGGUAUCGAGAUCAACGGGUUCAAGUUGCCGGCGUGGAUUGCGUUCCUCAUCAUCCAUAUUCUCUUCGCUAUUGUCGCAUAUGCCAACGUCCUCCCCCUGGCCCUCGGCCUCGAGCACCUGCGCAACCUCCUCCUGCGUAUCAACGUGCCCCAGGUGCUGCCGAACGUCCAUAAGUGGAACAACAUCAUGUGGCUCUUCGUCAUGGGGCCCUCCGUCGUGACCGUUUUCAUCUUUGGCGUGCUCGUCACCGCAAAGUCGGCACACUUCCGCACUGCUCACGGGAUCAUCAGCCUUUUGACGACUCUCAUCGGCUUAGGUGCAUUCCUCCUCCACCUCGCCAUCAAAGCCCGCGCCCCGCCCCAACUCCCCAAUUCUUCCCGCUCGCCGGCGCCGGCGCCAAUGCCGCUCCUGAGCCUGCCCAACAUCCGCGUCAUGGUGAACCAGCUGUUCCUCAUUAUGUCUUUUGCCUCGGUCAUCACCGGCUUCUCAAGCCUGAGUUCCGUCGCAUUGUGCUUUACACAGGUUGUCCCCUUUGACCUGGCGCUCGUCAUCGGCUUCAGCCUGUUCACUGUCUUCGUUCUGGGAUGGUCGAUUUCAGGAUUGGAUAUUGCUCUUUUGGUGCGUGACUUUUGGCUGAGAAGAAAGGGCACCAAAGGUGCGUCUUCUGGUGCGGCCGAAAGGGGUGGUGUCUUGCAGGGUAAGAUCUCGCCGCCCAAGAUAGUGGACGGCGAGAAGGGCAACUUUGCGUAG